CCGCAAACAUACCUCGGGUCACAACUACUUCGUCAACACCGCAAUCACCACUGCCGACAGCGAGGCGACAGCGGGCAGCCAUGGCGUCCAAGUCGCCCUCUGCUACCCUUAUUCAGGUGCCUGCGCGCUUCUCGAUCGUCGAGCAGGGCGUGUACCGCUGCGCGUCGCCCACCGGUCCACAGGUCCCGUUCUUGCAGAGCCUCGGAUUGCGGACAAUACUGAGCCUCACGCCCGAACACCCCACACGCCAGCUGGUGCAGUAUGCGCGCGCUGCCGGCGUUGAUUUCGUGCAUUUGGGCAACACGCUGUUCCAGCCGCAGACGGACUGGCGGCCGAUGACGGACGAGAUGGUCAAGAUUGCGCUCGAGCUCAUCCUCGACGUGCGCUCGCACCCCGUGCUCGUGGUCGACCCGUUGGGGAUCCACCAGACGGGUGUAGUGUUUGGAUGCCUGCGCAUGAUGCAGGGGUGGAACUUUGCGAGCGCAUUGUCAGAGUAUCGCGCGCAUUCGGGUCCUAACAAGCACCGGUAUAGCGACGAGACGUAUAUCGAAUUCUUUGAUCCCGACCUCGUGAACCUGCCGCCCAACCACUGCCUGCCGGCGUGGUGGAGUGAGGAGGAGGAUGUAGACGACUGGGUCGAGGUCGACCCACCGCCCAAGGAGAAGAAGAAGAAGAAGGACAAGGAUGGCAAGGAGGGCAAGGAGGGCAAGGAGGGCAAGGAGGGCAAGGAUGGCAAGGAGGGCAAGGAGGGCAAGGAGGGCAAGGAGAAGGGAGAGGGGGAUGAGAAGGGGGAGAACGGAAGCAGGGAGGAGGAGAGUGAGGGAGCUCGCAACGGAGCACUGGAGGUCGCUGGCGCCAACGGCACAGAUCCACACACCAGCGACGGCGGGGUGGGGUAGCAUCGUCGCACCGCUUGGUGUUGUUGGCUUAUUGUACGAUCAUGCAUAUCAGGGUACAAGAUUUC